UUUGGGUCACUGCGUCGCUUCCAACUUGUACUUCAUUUGGAUUUUUGUAGAGGUGCCUUUCUCUAAACUUGCAACAUAGCAUAGUAGUUAGUAUCUACUCUAAAGUAGGUGUUUUCAUUCAAGAAAGCUGGCGGGUGUGCAAAUGUGCUGAACUAUAAUCGUAGCGUUGUUAAAACAGUUCAAUAUUAUCUAAAACAGUGUUAAAACUUCAUACAACAGUUAAUGAAAUAGUCAAGAACCGUGGGCGCGACGAGUGGCUCGACGACUGCAGCAUGGACGACGACCAGCAGUUCUGCCUACGCUGGAACAACCAUCAGUCCACGCUGGUGUCGGUGUUCGACACACUCCUAGAGAAAGGCAUUCACGUGGACUGUACCCUCGCGGCCGAGGGCCAGACGCUAAAAGCGCACAAAGUCGUCCUGUCAGCGUGCAGUCCCUAUUUCGAGAAUGUACUAUCACAGCAAUAUGACAAGCAUCCAAUAAUCAUCUUAAAAGAUGUGAAAUAUGCAGAGUUAAGAGCCAUGAUGGACUACAUGUACCGAGGAGAGGUGAACAUCUCGCAGGACCAGCUGGCAGCCUUACUCAAGGCUGCAGAGUCCCUGCAAAUCAAGGGCCUCUCUGACAAUAAGCCGUCCCGGCCGCCGUCGCGCCCUGCACAGGCUGCCCCAGCACACCCGCCUCGCGCACCGUCUCCACCACCACAGGUCCGAGACGGUAGCAUAGACAGUCGCGAAGGGUCCAUAAGCCCGACCCGCCGCCGGAAGAAAGCGCGCCGCAUGUCCGUGGAAGUCCCCGCGCCUAUACCACAGCCCGCAGAAGUCCAUGGAAAUGGGGAGGAGCCCCCUUGCAAGGAGGAGAACGCAAGAGAUGGUGUUGAGGAUCUCACGCUGGACGAGGAGGCCGAGGAGCCCCCAGCCGUGGCACAUAACGACGUCGUACGCAAUUUUCAAUGGCAUAUGGAAAGAUCUCAGGAUGAAAUCAUGAAUUCAAGUGACAGUGUUCGAGACUCGCAAGAGUCGCACAAGGAGGGGCUGCCGUCCGCGUUGCUGUCGCUGCUGUCGGCGCAGGCGCAGCCCGGGCUGGCCGCGCUCGUGCCCGCCUGCAUCCAGGUCACCAACAUCCUCAAGCCCCCCCUGAUGCCCAAGCAUCCUCUCGACUCGUUGGCCGCCAUUCCCGACGACCUGAAAGCCCAUCUGCUGCAACAGGCCUUUCUGCAGAACAACAAUGCGCCAAAACGGGAGGAGCUAGAUUCUGAGGAAUACGACGAUACGGACGACAUCGUCCUGCCCGAGGACACUGAGGCCUUCUACGACCAUUCCGUGCCGGGCGAUGAGCACGAAGAGAACAAUGCGGAGGUGAAAUAUGCGCGCCGCGACGGAAACAGCUCGGACGACGCGAGCCGUCAGUUCGAGUGCCGGCAUUGCGGUAAGAAGUAUCGCUGGAAGUCGACGUUGCGUCGUCAUGAGAACGUAGAAUGUGGUGGCAAAGCCCCGGCUCAUCAGUGUCCUUAUUGCUCCUACAAGGCCAAACAGAGAGGCAAUCUUGGCGUUCAUAUUCGUAAGCACCACAACAACGAGUGGUACAUCUACGCCAGCAACAAAGUCAGGCGUAAUAAAAAAACUUCAAUCUAGUUUAGACUUCAUUCGACCAAAGUAGAUACCUAACCAAAUCGGUACUGCAAUAAUAUUAUUAUUUAUAUUUUAACUUUUUUGUUAAAAGAGUUUAUAUACACUGAGAAUAGUUGUAAUGUGCACAUUCCCUAACGGCAUUAGCGUUAAUUUUGUUGUUUUUGUUAGAGUUUAUGAUCGUAGUUAAGACUGACCCAAGUAUUUUAUCGGGAGUACGGCCCCAGGUCGGAUGUAUAAUUAUAUAAUAGAGUUAAUGUCCGUUAUUUCCAAAGCGAUAUAUUUAAUGAAAGUAUAGAAUCUAGUAGCGAAUAUUUUGAUAUUAAUCGGACUUUACAUAAAGCAAUAAAUUUUCAUACCAUAUUUAGCUCGAAUUUGUCUAGUUUUAUAAUCAACCAUUCCUUAUAAGGAAUAUGUAAUUCCAAAUUUGUUAAUCGUAGUGCAAUGAUAUUAGAAUGACUAGUUAAUUAGGUAAAAGUAUAUGUAAUUGUUUUGUAGGUUAUAUUUUUCUUUCAUCUUUCUCUCACGGGUAGAAACUUAUUAUAAUUGUUGAUGGUCAAGUCUUAUAUUCAUUAACCAAGUUGUUAGUCCUGUUUAAUUUAUUUCUUCAGUUUUUGUUUUCCUAACUUAGAGUUUACAUUCGAGGGACCAUUAUUUAUUAUGUACCUUGUCUUCCUAUCUCUACACCUUUGUAGCAAACCCAAAGUUAAAUUAAUUUAAAUUGUUUAUUUAUUAGUGUAAGGAUAAUGUUUAUAAAGCUGCUUUUGCAGUCCUUUAUAGGAAAACAAUAGAUCUCUCAUGUGACUGUCUGAAUUGUUGAGUUUGUUGACGAGGCUGUUCCACCGAGCAAAUAUAUCAGUAUACUGAGAAUCUAUUGCUUUUAACACGAUUAGGUAAUAAAAGCUCAUCCAUAAUGUGCCUACAAUGUUACCUGUAGUUAUAAUAUUAUAAUACUUAAUGGUGUUUUUGAUAUUGUUGUUAUUCGGUAAACUGGGAUAGAAAAUGUGUUCAAAAUUAUGUAAAUUGUUAUCUUGAUAUUAACUGAUAUUUAUUUGCAAUAACCUAUUCGAGUUUUGUUUAACAUAUUGACUGUUGAUAUUUUUUGUUAAACUAGGAUAACAAAGCUAUUUGACCAAAGUCAGUAUUAGAUUUAACGUGAUGGUAAGAAAUAAGAAGUUAUUGUUGUAGAAACAUUCAAGUCAUACAACCGAGCAUGCAAACCAUUCUGAUUAAAAUAUGCAAUAUUCCCAUCAUAUAUUUAUUACGCUCUUGGACACUGAAUGUAUGUAGCAUGAAUUAUAUUCAAAACGAAUGGUACGUCGUUUAAAUUGUUUGUUAAUUUUAUUGGAAAACUAGUUUAAUAAUUAGUGUGAUUUUUAUAUGAAUAUUUUGGGGUUUAUCUGGUAGAAACGUUUAAUCAAAUAUAGUUCUAAUAUAUAUGAA